UGUGCGCGCACUGACCGUCCAGCGGGGGUCUCGCGGAGCUUUGGGUCAGAGCGGCUGCAGUUAUUAAACUCAGUUAUUAAAGAUUUAAACUGUAGUGAAGAUGUGAUGCGGUUUAUACAGAGGGACUGAGUGAGAGUCGCGCGCUCCGCUGCUCCGCACUUCUCUCUGUCGGUCCGGGAUGAAGUUGGCGGGGCUCGCGCUCUGCUGUGCGCUUUGCGCGCUCUGCAGCGCCACCAGCACCACAGGUGGUGGAGAGUUUGUGUCCUUGGCUGAGAGGGAGGAUGCCCUGCUGAGGGAUCUGUUCCAGGGGUACCAGCGGUGGGUUCGGCCCACCCAGCACUCCAACAACACGGUUAGAGUGCGCUUCGGCCUGAAGAUAUCUCAGCUAGUGGACGUGGAUGAGAAGAAUCAGCUAAUGACCACCAAUGUGUGGCUGUGGCAGGAAUGGAUUGAUUAUAAACUGCGCUGGAAUCCGGAGGACUAUGGUGGUAUAACCUUCAUCAGAGUUCCAUCGGAGAGCAUUUGGCUGCCGGACAUCGUUCUGUAUGAAAAUGCUGAUGGACGUUUCGAAGGCUCCCUGAUGACCAAAGCCAUUAUAAAGUAUAAUGGCGCCGUCACCUGGACGCCUCCCGCCAGCUACAAAUCCGCCUGCACUAUGGACGUCACGUUCUUCCCGUUCGACCGUCAGAACUGCUCCAUGAAGUUCGGCUCCUGGACCUAUGACGGGACCAUGGUGGACAUGGUGCUGAUGAACUACCAGGUGGACCGCAGAGACUUCUUCGACAACGGCGAAUGGGAGAUUCUGAGCGCCACCGGCAUGAAGGGAAACCGGCGCGACGGGACACUGUCCUACCCCUUCGUCACCUACUCCUUCAUCCUGAAGCGUCUUCCUCUCUUCUACACGCUCUUCCUCAUCAUCCCCUGCCUGGGCCUGUCCUUCCUCACUGUGCUGGUCUUCUACUUGCCGUCCGACGAGGGCGAGAAGGUCUCGCUGUCCACCUCCGUCCUCGUCUCGCUCACCGUCUUCCUGCUGGUCAUCGAAGAGAUCAUCCCGUCCUCCUCCAAGGUCAUCCCGCUGAUUGGCGAGUACCUGCUCUUCAUCAUGAUCUUCGUCACCCUGUCCAUCAUCGUCACCGUGUUCGUGAUCAACGUGCACCACCGCUCCUCUGCCACCUACCACCCCAUGUCACCGUGGGUGCGCUCGCUUUUCCUGCAGAGGUUGCCGCACCUGCUCUGCAUGCGGGGUCACACCGACCGCUACCACUACCCCGAGCUGGAGCCCCAGAGCCCCGAGCUGAAGCCCCGCAUCCGGAAGGCUCCGCCUGGUCCUGAGGGUGAAGGUCAGGCUCUGGUGAACAUGCUGGAGAAGGCCACCUGCUCUGUGCGCUACAUCUCACGACACAUCCGCAAAGAGCACUUCAUCAGAGAGGUGGUCCAGGACUGGAAGUUUGUGGCUCAGGUGUUGGACAGGAUCUUCCUCUGGGCCUUCCUCACUGUCUCCGUGUUGGGCACCAUCCUCAUCUUCACUCCUGCUCUAAAGAUGUUCCUCAGCAACCCAUCUCCUCCAUCAGAUGUCUAGCUGGCGGCCUUGUUUGUGUUGAUGGGGUAAUAUCCUGUCUUGUCCUCAGUGCACAUUCCGCAUGUGAAGCAUCCCAUCUGAGAAGCACAAGCCACAAAUCUCACCAUCAGACUCACCAUUAGACUGGAGCAAACCCAGAUUUAUAUAAACUUAAAGAAACAAUACAUGAAAAAAUCUAAUGAACAUGAUUGGUCAAUAAGCAACCAUGUCAGUUAGAUUUUUUGCUCAACAUUUACUUUAACAUAGUAAAACACACUUUCUGCAUGAAAAAAUCAUUACGUGAAGAUUUGGGUAACACUUUACAAUAAUGAUGCAUUAAGUAACAUUGCUUACAAUACCAUUAUUAAAUGUAGUGUAAUGUCUCAACUAAUUAUUAGUUGUUACUAGUUAAAACCUUACUAAGCAUUGCAGUAUUUUUAUUUUAAUGUUUAUUUAUUUUUUCCAGAAUUAAUUGAGUUUAAAACAGUGGUGUCAGUCAAUAAAAAAACCCAAAUAAAUCUGAUUAAUCACAACAGUAUUCUGUGAUUCACUGCGAUUAAUUGCUUUUGUUCUUCUUAAAAUGCAAGUUUUUAUAGUGGAUAUUUAAAUUUAAAUAAAAGAAUGCAUGUAAGAAAUGUAAAAUGCAGUUAUAUUUAUAUUAGUGGUGUCAAUAAAAUACUAAUAUAUACUUGUAUGUUUGAGGGGAGAUAAGGCCAACGUAGAAUGCUGGCUUUUUACUUUGCUGUAAGGAUUGUGAAUUAGAACUUAAUUUGCUGAGUAUAAAAAUCUCAGGAAGUGUUUGAUAUUGCACACAUGCUUACAGUGGGAGGAUGACCAUUUAAAUGGCCUGGGGGAAAUAUGUAACGUAUUCAGUAAUGUGAACACUGUCUCUUUAAUAGCUCCUUACGCUAAGUACGCGGACACGUGUGUAGCUACAUUAAAAGCGCAUAGAACCAAUGUGUGUUUUGUGCUAUAUCACGGAGACCACUGGACCUACCUCCUUUCUUUUAUUUAUUUUAUCUAUAUUAGUAAUGGCAUAAAUAUGCUUUGCUUAUGUAUAAACUAAUAAAUGAGCAAAUGGAAUACCGGUGUUGUGCCGAAUUCAGCACCCCCGCCAGGAAAAGCACCCCCCUAUGGAGCACACACUCCCCGUCUUCUUGAUAAAAGCAUUUUAACUUUUCUUAGAAAUACAUUUCAAGAGGGGGUGCUUUUCCUGGCAGGGGUGCUGAAUUCGGCACAACACCGGCAAAGCGAGUGAUUCUAUCUGGGUCGAAGCUGGAAGUCUAAAACGAGACUGGCUUCUGAGCAUUACAACUGGACACUGCAUACUGGGGAAUGUGUCCUCUGUCAUUGUGUUGUUCAUGUUGGAGCUUUUCACUCGUUCAGCCACAAAAAAAAUAUCUGCGUGUUGGGGGGUAGAUUAUGACAGAAUAAAAAAAAAAUAAUAAUGUGUUACUGAUUCCAAAUUAACCACGUGUGUUACCGUUUUAACAUUGACAGCCCUAGUUUAAAAUGCUUAAUAAUGUUUAGUUAUGCUUAAUAAUGUCUUAACUGGUGUUAUUAAAUAAUUAGUUGUGGCAUUCUGCUGUAAGCACUGUUAAUUAAUGUAAUUAUAUUGUAAAUUGUUACCAAUAAUUGUUUUUAAAGUCUCACAACUGUGCAUGUUCUAUUGUUUCAGCAAUAAAAAUUAUUCACCACAGAUCUCUGACAAUAGAGUAAAUAAUGUUAUUAAAACUUGGCAUUAGGA